CGCGCUUGCUUGGACCGCCUACUUGCCCGCGGUAGUAACCAUGUUCCUCCGACGCUCUGCGGCGCUUUUAGUGCGCGCCUUUAGUUCUUCCAGCAAUGCGGCCAGUUUGGCCGGCUCACACGCAGAGGCGAUUGCAACGCGGCUCGAGGGUGUAGACAAGGAGCUGGUGCGAGAACUGCUGGUUACCGUUCCGGAGUUGAGCAAGUACACCGUUGAACACUGGGCACGGACACACCGGCUGCUUGCCUCGGAGGGGCUAGAACCGGACCGAAUACUUUCCAUCAUCGGUGGUCACCCGGAUAUACUGGUGCGGCAGGAGGAGAAGGUAGCGGACAGUUUACACUGCUGGCGUUCCUGCCAGUUUGGAGAUGUUAACACGAAGGUCCUGCUCUCCGCUCACCCUUACCUGCUGGAUUACACCAACCAUGGCCAGCUGGCACAGCGUGUAGCCUAUCUCCACUCACACUUCGAGUCGCGCAAAAAUGUGUUCCGUUUGUUUCUGAAUGCACCGAACCUGCUAACCGAUGAGCAACGCGUGACGGAGGAGAAGAUCAACUUCCUGCUGGUGCGGAUGCGCCACGAGGUACUGGAAGUGGCGAAAUCCUUCGCUUUCCGACACGACAUUGAGCAUCUGCGGUGCCGGCACACGUUCCUGGAGCGAUUGGGAAUGUUCAAACCGAAGCCAUUGAAAGCGGACAAGGAUAUGCCGAGCGGUAAUCCGUCGUUGCAUCAGAUCAUCGAUACGAGCGAUAAACGGUUCGCGGUGAAGGUCGCCUACGUAACGCUGGAAGAGUACGAAGUGUUUCAGGAGCUGUUCCGCCGCGAACUAGAGCACGAACUUGGACGAAAUUCGUUGGAACUGGACGAUGGCGAUGAGGUUGAUUAUGAAGACGAGAAGCAUGGGGAACCGGAUCAGCUGAUAGGUGAUCAAGGUAGAAAGGCUUACCGGAAACAUACUAGGUAGGAUUAGUUAGUAGUAGAUUAAAGUGUAUGUGUGUAACUAAGUGCGGUAAUGAAGUACCAGUAGCCCGUAA